AUGUCGGCCAACGCUUCAUCCAAAGGAAAGACAAACCAAAAGAACAACGUGUUCGGUGUCCGGCAGAUCUUCUCUCCCACCAACUGGCUGUUCUAUCUUUGUGUCAAGCACCUUUUACCACAGAUCACACCUCAGGUUCUCCUCGUUGCUGGAUUCCUCCUCCUGACUCAUGUCCUCAUCCUGACUCAUGUCCUCCUCCUGACUCAUGUCCUCCUCCUGACUCAUGUCCUCCUCUCCCCGUCUGUCCACAGCUGCUUCCUGUCCCUGCUCCUGGUGGCCGCUGUGGUCUGGAAGAUCAAACAGAGCUGCUGGGCGUCCCGGAGACGAGAGCAACUGCUGAGAGAGAUGCAGCAGAUGGCGAGCCGGCCCUUCGCCACCAUCAACGUGGCCUUGGAGACGGACGAGGAGCCGCCCGACCUGAUUGGAGGAAAUGUGAAGUCGGUUCCUAAGCCCAUCGCCCUCGAGCCGUGCUUCGGCAACAAGGCCGCUGUGCUCUCCAUCUUCGUGCGGUUACCCAGAGGCACCGGGGGCAUCCCUCCUCCAGGACAGUCUGGUCUGGCGGUGGCCAGUGCGCUGGUGGACGUCUCCCAGCAGCUGUGUGGAGGCUACAAGGAGAAGUCCGGAGGCCUGAGGAGCCGCAAACAGCAGCCGACCGCACAACCCUCCACCUGCAUCUGACCGCACCCCCGCCCUGCUCCACCAUUACCCGGCCAAACGCUCUCCCAUUAGCCCCCUGCCUCGGCAACCCCUCCUGUAGAGACUUCUGCCAGCUCCGCUCUGGCAGGGACAAGUGCAUGCUGGGACACAGGACUGGGACAUCUGGGCGAGGGGCUAGAGUCCUCCUGGUGGACUGACACCUCGGUGGGCUCCCCCCCCCCCCCCCUCCCCCUCUCCUCCUGCAGGAACUUAACAGAUCCCUCGAGCUGAGCGACAGGAACCGGACAUGGAUGAGGGGGAGCAGCAGAAGGGGGGGGGGGGGAGAUGGACCUUUACCCAUCGAACUGAAACAUUUUACAUUUGUCGACACCGCCUCAUUAUUGUCGAGGCGACCACGGCUUGCUGCUAGAAGAGAGCGUCAUCUCUUAGUUCUCCAGGAAUCCAGAGACUUUGUGCUGCAAAGUCAUUUUACUUAAAUUAUUGUUGCUCUUUGUUUUGUAUUGUGUUAUUUUGAAGCCAGGAACAAACUGGACAUGUGCAAUUGUACAUGCACACGCACACGCAAACACACACACACACACACAUACACACUCUCUCUCUCUCUUUCAAAACCCCACUACCCAGGCCUCUGACCCGUUUACAGCCCCUUGUCGCCUGCUGAUCUCAGCUCAGCACUGAGGGCCGAGGUCACCGGGGUCACCGGGGUCACCGGGGUCAUGUACAGUUUGGCCCCCGAGCCAGAGAACACCACGUUCAGGCUUCACCUUAAUGAAGAUCCACUGUAGGAGGCCGGCCCGCCCAGCUAGAGCCCGUCUGAGGAGUGGGGGACAUUUGUAAUCGGCCUGUGUGUCUCUCUGUCCGUCUCUGUGGCCUGUCUGGAGCUUUGUCUCCCCCCC